AUGUCGGAAAGCGCCAUCUCCAUCUUACGGAGUGAAAACAACGUCUGCUCAGCCUGUGCAUUCAUCAACUUUGAUUCCUUCAUUCAUCAUGCCAAAGAUGUGGUGGGCAAAUCGUUAUACGACAUCGACAAGCACUAUCUCGGACUAGAUUCUCCAGACUCCCCAUUUGCGCUGCUACUAUGUGAUUACAACGACGCGGUCGAGAUGGUAGGCAUUGAAGUCGAUCACGUCGAGAGUGCCUCCGAUUGUCCUUGCUACGAGAUAUUCAACAUACUCAAAUAUGGAUGGUCGCAUACUUACCUUGUGUAUUAUUUGCACCCUUCGCGAAAAGAGUAUGAUCUACGAGUGAAGGACAAAAAACUUGCUCGUCCACAUUUCAAAGUGUUUUCUUCGAGUGGAGCUCAGCGUAAGCCAAGUCCGCGUGACGGUGGUAUGGCGAGAUACAUCAGAAACUUCCGCAUAGAUCGCAUAGAUCGCACUUUCAUGUUGGUCCAACCCGGCCAGCCAGAUCCCAAACUGUCAGCAGACCUGUUAUCCAUCAAGUCUGCCUUGGCGCGCGAGGCUUGCCGGCAUCAUCUCAAAUCAGAGGGAGGUCAGAAUUGGGAAGCAUUGUUUCGACGGGGACUACCUGGGUGGAGUGUCAUAGACUGCUUCACGGACGAAAUUGUCAACCUCGAGGAUUGCGUUGCGUCGGCCGGGUCUUUCGAUGCAGUCGAGUACGCUACCCUGAGUUAUGUCUGGGGGUCCGCACAGAGCGAUUGUCCAAGGCUUGGUCGCAAACUGCCCGCAUCCGUGCCUCGAGUCAUCGAAGAUGCAAAGACUGUAACGGCUUCGCUAGGAUUCCGGUAUCUUUGGGUCGAUCGCUAUUGUAUCCCUCAACAUUGUGCAAAAGAAGCCCACGACCAGAUCUGCAACAUGAACCUCAUCUAUGCCCGGUCCUGCAUCACCAUCGUUGCUGCAGCAGGCCAAUGUCCGGACUACGGUCUUCCUGGGGUUGGGAAGACACUGCGAAAAGUACUUGACACUUUCCAAAUCGGAUCUCAUACCAUCAGACGAACGCCCACCGAUGCAAAAUGGGUUGAGCAGCAGAUCCAGCACUCCAAGUGGAAUACGAGAGCUUGGACUUGUCAGGAGGCAGCUUUAUCAACGAGGCGACUGUACUUCACCGACCACUUUGCCCUUUUGGAGAUUGGAAAUAAGGGAGAAAGCUACAUCGAAGGCUUGCCGAGUCACCUUUGCCCAGAGAACGGGACCGCAUGGGAUGGUAUAAAUGAGUUAGGUUCUAUUCCCCACGCGGGAAGCUAUGCAACCCGGGAGCUUUCAUUCGAGGCAGACGUCUUUCGCGCAUUUCAAGGAUUUUCACUUCGGUAUGCGGAUGGGUUCACCUUCAAGUGGGCUUCCAUGACGAAGGAGCGGAUCUACAAGUUGAUGGACGACCGAGAUGAGGGCACCAUAGAGUUCAUCCUUGUGACGGGACUGACUUUCGGAUUCAAAGCGUUGUGGUCCAUGUCUAGUCGAGAGAAAGAUGUUGCCAGGGCUAUGUCAUGGGCGAACACCAGCCCAGGCCUUGAGAGAGCCAUCGUUCAGUGGCCAUAUUUGAAUGACUUGGACGAAAUUGCACGGGAAUCCUACGGCAUUUCGCAAGAUGAAUUUUCCGGAGAAGCAUGGGAGCCAGUUAAGAAACAAAAUUCAUUGCUUGGUUUGGAUGAUGUUGCCUGA